UGUACUACAAUGUACAUCCCACUUCCCAGCUCAACCAAGAUGAGACUCUUCACUCAAAUCACAUCCUUAUUUCUGCUGUGGAUUUCUUUAGGGUCUUUAGCUGCAGUUCUAGGACUUUCCAUCCCGAACACUCUCCGAGAAGCCCGCCUAGGUCUAUCACAAAAUCAACAUCCUAUCAUGGAUAAAUUCAUCCCAGGCUUCAGUAAGCCGCAGCCUGUUGGCUCCGAAACAGGUCCAGAAGCAGAUUCACCUAUGAUCGCUGAUGUCCUACCCAAAACCAAGGGAAUCAAUAUUUUCGCUCAGCUGACCCGCGAUUUUGACCCCAUCGCCUCUCGUUUGAAUGAUUCCUCGAAGAAUGUCACCGUGUUGGCACCACGGAAUAGUGCUGUUCAGGCAUUGCCCCGUAAACCGUGGGAAGACCCAGAGGAUUAUGCGAAGUAUGGGGACGUCAAUGCUUAUGAAGGGCAAGAUGGGCAGGAUCGCGCGAAGCGAAACUUGGAACGAUUUGUCGAAGCCCAUCUCGUUCCUGUUAGCCCUUGGAAAGAAGGAGAGGAGGUGGAAUCGCUGAGAGGAGAGAAGCUCAAGUGGACAAGAGAGGGAGAUAAAAUAUUUAUACAACCUGGCAAUAUCGAGGUAGACAGUAUUGCGGAGAAAGUGCCCAACGGAGAGGUCUGGGUGUUGAACAGCGUGAUCAAUUAUCGUUGAUUCUCAACGUCGUUACGACAUAAUGAAUUGCUUAG